AUGAAAAUUCGUCAGAAUCCACAACAUCAAUGUUUUGAACAGGAUCCAUUUAUCAAUGCAUGGAAUUUAAAUAUCAAUGUCAAUAUGCUUACAAUAUCGGCACGUAUUUUACCUAUGCCCGAAAUCAUAUACACGGAUCAAUGUCAUAUAAAUGAUAAAUCAGUUCGAUCAAGCGGUGUUUGGAAUAAUACGAAAACUCAAUUUCAUCAACCAACAAAAUUUCCAUCUGUAUGGGCUUUAAUCAAUUUAUCAUCAUCAUUGAAUGCAGAAUUAUGUGAAGCAUUCUAUAAACAAUUGAGCAAAGUUGCGAUUGAUCGAGGUAUAAAAUGUCCGGCACCUGUUCUCUAUGAAGAAUACAAUGCUCAACAUAGUUCCAGUAGUCAGAUCAUUGUUGCACUGAAAAAGAUGAUGAAAGAGAAUGAUGAUUGUAAAUUUUUUAUCGCCAUCUUACCAGAACAAAGCAGUAUUAGAGAUCAAAUAUAUGGUGAUUUUAAAAAAUUGUGUGAAUUACAAUAUGGUUUCGGAAUUGUUACACAGAUGAUUAAAUUAAAAGAAAACGAAGGCACAUAUCCAUGGAAUUAUUCAAGAUUGAAUAAUCUUUUGAUGAAAAUCAAUACUAAACUAGAUGGAAUCAAUUCGAUUCUUGAUGUUCCGUAA